UUCAAACCUUCGCCCACGAGGGAAGCCUGUACGAACAAUACCGACGUACCCGCAUACGAACACAGGGGACAGGCUUGUUCAACUGGACGGGCCGCCGAGAUCACCUAUCCAGUCUGGAAGAUCCCGCGGGAAGAGCCAAUCCCUACAAGAAGACCACAUGGUCACUGACUGGAUGAGUGCCCACUUGGCGAAAGAUUAUCACCCGGCCCUCGGGUUUGUCUAGCCAUGCUAAGAUGCGCCACCAGCACCUGGGCACCUCACACAGUGACAUUGCGGGAUACACUCCACAACUGGAAGUUUUGCCUCCUGAAGUCCUUUCCCGCUCUCGUGCUCAUCUUGCGCUAGUACACAGAAGAUAUCAAAUCGCCCAUAUCCCCAUGUAAAUUCUCCGAGCUUCCUGCACGCUGGGCCGAUCUCCUCGUCCUUUUUCUCUCCAGUCCCGUCGACCAUCGACCUGCGUCCCCAGUGCCUGAUGCUUUUCCUCGCGUGGCCUCAACCGCAGGCAACAUCGUGAUGAUGCUUCUCCUUCCGGUCUUCUCCUUGCUGGUCUUUGCCCUUUCGUCUGUCUAUGCACAGGCCAGCAGUGAUGCGGCUUCGGAACUCGCUGCGCUGUCGGCAGCGCUGCCCCCUUGCGGUCUGAAAUGUUUCAUCACCGAGUUGUCGAGUUCGACCUGUACCGAUGCGGCAUGUGUGUGUAGCAACGAACCCCUCAUGGCUGGCGUUACGACGUGUGUAAUGCAGAAUUGCACGAUCCCGGAUGCAUUGAUUGUCAAGAACGUCUCCAGCACUGCCUGCGGCCUGCCUGUGAGGGAUGGGGGAACACACUACAACAUCGUGUCUGUUACACUGGGUGUGAUUUCGGGAGCUGUCAUUCUCAUGCGGCUCGGAUUCAAGAUAUUCAUUGCCAAGACUGGUUUGGGCCUCGAUGACUGGUUUAUUCUCGCAACAAUCUUGGUCGGCGUUCCCAGCAGCGUUAUUACCUCGGAGGGACUGGUUCCCAACGGUCUUGGCAGGGAUAUCUGGACAUUGAAGCCUCAGCAAAUCACUAAUGUACUCCAUUUGUUUUAUUUCAUGGCGUGGCUGUAUUUUCUUCAGCUAGCCCUGCUGAAAACCUCACUACUCUUCUUCUAUCUGAAGAUCUUUCCCAACAAAAUUGUGAGAUGGUUGCUUUGGGGUACACUCGUCUUCAACGGAAUCUGGGGCAUCUCUUUUGCCCUGCUCGCGGUAUUUCAAUGCCGUCCUAUCAGCUACUUUUGGGACCAAUGGGAUGGACUCCACAGCGGUAGCUGUCCCAUCAACACCAAUUCUCUUGGGUGGGCGAAUGCUGCAAUCUCUAUCGUUGAAGAUGUGUGGAUGUUGGGAAUCCCACUUUCUCAGCUUCGUUCGCUUCAGCUCCACUGGAAAAAGAAGAUUGGUGUGGCCAUCAUGUUUUGCACAGGCACAUUCGUAACGGUAAUAUCUAUUGUCAGACUGCAAAGUCUAAUCGAGUUCGGAGACACGGACAACCCCACGUGGAAUAACCUCAAGGUCAGCUUGUGGUCAACAAUCGAGAUAAAUGUCGGCAUAAUAACUUGCUGCAUGCCCACAAUACGGCUGAUUAUACUCCGAGCCUUCCCGCGCCUGUCGUCGACCUACCGAAGCACGCAGGCCUACUAUGCGAAGAACGGCUUGAGCCAGCAGUCGAAGAGCAAGCGUAGUCGGAACCGAACGAACGAUUUCAGCAGCCAAGAACAAGCUUCGAACAGCGCACAGCGACCGGGCGGUGGUGGCAUCGAAUACUCUCGGGGUUUCACCGUGCAGUUCCACGAUGCUGAGGCGUCAAGUCAAGUCCAGCUAAGAGACUUGGACUCCAAAGGGAACCGCCUGUCUGAGGCUUUCACAGUGGAUGAUGGGGAAGCAAAGCAACGACCGAGAUCCUUUGUUCGGCGCGAGAACCAUUGAUUGCGGAGCGAUUCGGCCGCUUGGAGAUGCUCUCAAUACGCUUAGUUCUGGUUUCGAUUUCGAAGCGGAAGAUGAUCCCGGAGGUGGCCGACAUACUGUUCAUACGAAAAUUGACGCACAUAGUUCUGAAGAUACCCUGGAAAUUGGCAACGGAUUGUACUGUACUUUCUCCACAUACUCAUUGAAUGCAAAUGACACAGCUUGCUUGGGCUCAUAUGUAUCAGCCACAACAUGUCAUAUGCGUUACUAACA